GCCUGCAGCGCCCCCUUGUGGCUACUCCAGUUUCCGGUCGAUGACAAGUCGCGCGAGGUUUGGCUCAAAAGUGGACGCGCGCGAGCAGCCCUGCUCCUGUGCCGAAGUAAACAGAAAACUGCGAUUUGGCUUCGGAUCGAUCUGCGUCGAGCACGGUUUUAAAACGAUGGACGUGCUGGAUGUGUUAUUUCAGCAAACAGAUUAUCGACAUUUCGAGAGAGAGUAAGAAAUGGAAAAUUACCACUACCUCACUAACUUUCCUUCAAGACAGGAGUCGGGAUACAACAGUGAGGUGAACAUCUUGGUUCUCAAGGAGGUAACUACCCAAACCGUCUCUAUGAAACUGCGGCGCAGCACAGACCUGAGAGGCCGGCGGCUUCGACGGAGAGAACGUGAGAAGGACUCUGGGAUCGUCUCUGUGGUGCUGAGUGACACUGACUGUAGUCAGUCAGACGGUGUGGAAGAAAUGAAAGAUCCUGGGCCUGUUGCUCGUGAUGUGAAGCGGCCAGUGAGGAAGAGAGGAGCCGUGAAAAAAGUAGAUGAGAGGAUGCUUUCCGUCGCGGAACCGGAACGUGGGACAAUUCGGAAGAGAAAAGAAGAUGAGAGGACGCUUUCCGUCGAGGAACCAGAAGAUGGAAGGAUUCAGAAGAUCUGCCUGGCACCCGGUGCUAUGGCUGAGGACACUUUAGAGAAACUCAGGUUUAGGGCUGAUACCUCUGAGGCCAAGCUCGAGUCUCAGGGAGAGCUUGAGUCUUCUUUGGAUGAGUCCGGCACUGAUUUCACCGUGGAGUCAGGUCCCAGCUCCCCCUGUCGUCCUGUCCAUACUGUAAGAUGUAGAGAAUGCGAGAGGCUUUUUGCCAAGAUGAGAAAAGAGCCGAGCCUGAAAAAGAAAAGCAGAGAUGCGGAUCCGGCAUCUUUAUCCUGUGAUGUGUGGGUUCUGCUUAAGAAGUGGCAUCCUCAGAGACGGCGCCAUCGAGAGAAGGGGUCAUUGUGGGCAAGCCUGAGUCGGGUCAGGAAGCUGUUAGCAGGAGCCUCCAAUUCUGCAUUCAUCAACAAAACUGAAGCAAGCUGCUCCAGACCUCAUGUGUUUCAGCAGAGGACUUUACGUCGCUGCAAGCAUCUUCUCUCCAUUCAGACCAGCCUGUCCAUUACCAAAGCAAAGCCACGGCAUCGAAAGAGGUCGCGGUCUGUGGUCUGGCCACCUGUUGCUGGCUGGAAUUCUUUAAUGAAAAGGAGAGCUUCCUUGAACAACACCUCAUCUCAGCAGCUUUCUCCUCUCAACCUCAGCGUCAGUGUGAGGCAGGAGGACAAACCGCUUGUGGAUGAUUCAAGAUUAAAUGCAGAUUUGAAGCGGAGCCCCGGGGCCUCCAGCGAACGGAGGACGACUAAUGUCCGGGGCAAACUGAGCAAGCAGGAAGUGCUCGACGGCCUAGACGGAACACGGCGGGUGCUGAAGUUCGAAGACGUGCCUGAAACUGUUGCUGUGGAAACUGCCGAACGGAGGAAAAGCCCUCGGCUGAAGCACAGGCGCCGAGAGGUUCGUGAAGCUCACGACGGUUUCCAGGACGAGCAGCAGGAAGGGAUUCCCGAGGAUUCGGACGGGUUCAGGACGCCCACAGAUCUGUUCAGCGUGAAGCCCAAGAUUAAACGAAGUAACCAGAAGAAAAUCUCUGCCUCUGGUGUUACAAAACCUGCCGUGCAGAAGCCCAGCUUCACGACCAUGCUAGCCGCUCUGGUGAAGAAUCAGAACCGGAUUAUUAAAGAGUCCUGCAAAUGAAUUUUUGUAAUUGGAUUUGUUAGCCGUUUCGCAUAAUUAGAGACGUGCGUUGAUGUCGAGAUUUGUUCAUUCUGUUACUGUUUAAAUGAAUAGAUCUGCUUUCUGAAAAAAAGGUCUGAUUAUAUUCAUCGUAUUGUUCAUGUGUUCUAACAUUUGCAUUUGCGUGAGUAAAUAAAUCUUGGGUUAACUUCU